UUUCUGCCUCCAACGACAGCUGACCAUAGUCUCCAGCGUCUCAAGCGAUUAUCAGUUGUGGGUAAAUGUUGUUUACUUAAAUUACAUUACAGCUAGAGAAUUCACCCAAUGCAAUGUCAACUCAUUUGCAAGUAAACAAUGGAGCUACAUUAGCGUUUUGGCUGCUUAUCAUGCUUAGGCUUUGAGCCCAACUAAUGGCCAAGAGAACAAGCCGCACAUCGUUAUUAUUAAUGGCGGAUGAUUUGGGCUUCAACGAUGUCAGUUUUCGUGGCUCGAACAAGUUUCUCACACCGAAUAUCGAUGCUCUUGCCUACAGUGGAGUUAUACUAAAUAAUCUUUAUACACCCGCCAUGUGCACGCCCAGCCGAGCAGCUCUCCUCACUGGCAAAUAUCCCAUAAACACAGGCAUGCAACACUAUGUUAUACCAAAUGAUCAACCCUGGGGUCUGCCGCUGGAUGAGACAACUAUGGCGCAGAUAUUCCAGCAGCAUGGCUAUCAAACAUCUCUCCUGGGCAAAUGGCAUCUGGGCAUGGCGCGUCAGAACUUUACGCCUACCAAACGAGGCUUUGAUCAUCAUCUGGGCUACCUAGGCGCCUAUGUGGAUUACUUUGAUCACACUUAUAAGCAACAGGGUAAUUCUUAUGCGCGUGGUCAUGAUUUCCGCAAUGAUCUUAAAGUCUCGCAUGAACACUUGGGAGACUAUGUCACCGACGUGCUAACUGAUGCCGCUGUGGAGCUGAUCGAGAAGCAUAAUGCCAGUUCCAAGCCCAUAUUUUUGCUGCUCAGUCAUUUGGCACCACAUGCGGGCAAUAUGGAUGCUCCAAUGCAGGCACCGCAAGAGGAAUUAGCCAAGUUCACUUAUAUACAAAAUGAAACUGAACGGUAUUAUGCGGCGAUGGUGUCACGUCUGGACAAGAGUGUGGGGCUCGUCAUUGAUGCACUGGCGCGUCGGGAGCUGCUGCAGGACAGCAUUAUUCUCUUUCUCUCCGACAACGGCGGUCCCACUAAGGGCGAGCACUCCACCAGCGCCUCCAACUAUCCGCUAAAGGGCCAAAAGAACACGCCUUGGGAGGGUGGUCUACGAUCUUCAGCAGCCAUUUGGUGCAGCGACUUUGAGCACUUGGGCAGCGUCUGGACGCAGCGUUUCUACAUAGGAGAUCUGCUGCCCAGUUUGGCGGCUGCGGCUGGCAUUACACUUAACUCCAGCUUAAGGCUGGACGGCUUGAAUCUCUGGUCUGCCUUAAAGUACGGCUAUCAAGCGGUGGAGCGUGAUAUUGUGCAUAAUAUAGACAACCUGGAGCCUUAUUUGUCCUACACACGCGGCAAAUGGAAGCUGGUCAAUGGCACCACCAGAAAUGGCAACUUUGACGGCUGGCUGGGUGAGCCCACCGACGAUGCAACAGAUCCACGUGCGGCACACUAUGAGGAGCUUAUAAGAAACACCAGCGUCUGGCAGCAGCUGCAGCGUCUAGCUGAUCCACAGCUUUCCAUUAACAUUAGUGCUUUGCGUGAAACGGCAACGCUGAGAUGUGCAGAGCCAAGCGACAAUGCCAAGCGUUGUGAGCCACUGCUGGCUCCUUGCCUCUUUGACAUUGAUGAAGAUCCUUGCGAGCGCAGCAAUCUCUACGAGCUGCAUAGCAAUGAGAGCUUUGUGCUUGACAUGUGGUCACGCAUUGAGCAGUUCUCCAAGCAAGCGCGUGCACCAGCCAAUCUUCCAGCUGAUCCACGCUGUGAUCCCAAGCAUUACGACUUCGAAUGGACUUGGUGGCUGGAUGAGCACAUGGGCAACAAAGCUGCCAACAAGCAGACAUAUCUACAGCAGUAUUUACUCAUUAUUUUCUUAAGCUUCAUAUUGCUUUAGAGCCAGAGAUAUUCUUGUUCCAAAAUGUUAAA